AUGGCCGAUCAACCAAAGCCGUACAAUAUUUCCGUUCCUGAUGAGAGUCUCCAAGACCUUCAGCAGCGCCUAGCACUUUCCAAGUUCGCAACUCAGCUGGAGUCCUCCGAACAAGAUCCUUGGGAUUUUGGAACCCCAGUGAAAGAAGUACAGAGACUCAUAGAUUAUUGGAAAGAUGGCUUUGAUUGGCGGAAGGCAGAAUCCAAGCUGAAUGAGCUGCCCCAAUAUAAAAUGCAGAUCGAGGUAGAUGGAUUUGGCAGUUUGGAUAUCCACUAUGUCCAUCACAUCAACACCCACAAGAACGCGGUCCCGCUGCUUUUUAGUCAUGGAUGGCCUGGAUCGUUUAUUGAAGUCACAAAACUGCUCCCGAUGCUGAAAGGCGACAACGACAGUCCUGCAUUUCACGUUGUGGCUCCAUCACUGCCCAAUUUCGGCUUCUCUUCCGGAGUGACUCGUCGUGGGUUUGGACUUGCACAGUAUGCAGAAGCCUUGCACAAGCUCAUGAUCAAGCUGGGCUAUGACCAGUACGUGACUCAGGGUGGAGAUUGGGGCUUCUGGAUUACUAGAACCAUCGGUCUACUAUACCCCGAUCACUGCCAAGCCUCCCAUGUCAACAUGGUGCUAGCCAACCCCCCCUCGAUUCACCGAGAACCCAUGCGGGAAAAAGCAGGCCGCAAAAGGAAUGAAUGGUUCGAACGAGAAGGCUACGGUUACAAUCAACUCCAAAGCACCAGGCCGCAGACUAUUGGCGCGGCUCUAGAAGAUAGUCCUGUUGCCUUGUUAGCCUGGAUUUACGAGAAGCUGCAUGACUGGACAGACUCAUACCCCUGGACAGAUGACGAAAUCCUAACCUGGAUAUCUAUCUACUGGUUUUCUGCAGCUGGGCCCGCGGCAAGUGUCCGCAUAUACUAUGAAGCUUUUCAUGCCGGGAUAUCCGGGAAGUCAUACAACGAGUUGAUUUCCUACGUGCCGCGUGUGAAGCUGGGAAUUGCGCACCUCCCUCGGGAAAUUUCUAUCAUUCCUUGCUCUUGGGCUGCUGGCUUGGGCCCGGUUGUUCAACAGAAAGAGCAUUCCCGUGGAGGACACUUUGCCGCUUGGGAGGUUCCAGACUCUAUUGUCCAGGAUUUGCGGGCCAUGUUCAGCAAGAAUGGUCCUUGUUACGGAAUUAUUUCGGGCAAAGACGGAUACUGA